CACUUUAUUGCCGUCAAAUCCAAAGUGUUUAAACAAUUUCGUACCUAUAAUUUUUCGGUUAAUAGCCAUCUUUUUGAGCGUAUUUCUGAAUGGAUCUGCCCUGUCCUGAGUGGGUUCGGCAUGUCGAGCAGAAAUGGACGGACUUGAGAUCUGAAGGAACUGAGGGCUUCUGCCUUCUGACAGAUAUAGAUGCGAUAUUCAGCCACGGGCUGUCAAUAUUAGGCCCAGAAGAUCUCAACACUUUCUCCAGAAUCUCUGAGAAGUACUCCGUGAAAAAGUCUCCUGAGAGGGCAUCUGAGUUUAGACAGCAAGGUAACCUCAGCUUCAAAGUGAAGGAUUACACAGUCGCAGCACUAUAUUACUCCAAGGGUGUUUGCAAUGCAGACAAGAAUACAGAAGAGCUAUCCUUGUGCUAUGCUAACCGUUCCGCAGCCCUCUUUUACCUUGGCCUCUACAAAGAAUGUCUUCAGGAUAUUCAACGGUCUAUGGAGGCUGGUUACCCAAGCCACCUGCAAGACAAACUGAGAACAAGAGAAGCCGCAUGCCUGGAUCAACUUAGAAAACCUGAAAAAUCCAACACGCCAACCACAAAUCAUCAAACACCACCAUGCGAGAAAAGCAGGAACUCUACUACUAGUAUUUCACACGGUGUGUCCGUUCAUUUCAGUCCAGAGAAAGGUCGCCACAUAUUAGCCACGGAAAAUAAACCAGCUGGCGAGGUGGUGCUGGAGGACGAGGCUUUCUGUUAUGUACUCAUACCAAGUAACAAACUCAAUACAGAGACCAAAAAGGACGGAAAGACUUUUGAGACUGAAGACCGACACUGUCACCACUGCCUCAGCCAAUCAUUGAGCUUUGUGCCCUGUCCAAACUGUAGUUACUCUCGUUACUGUGGAGAGAGCUGUCAAAAAGAUGCUUGGGAGCGCUGGCACCAAUGGGAGUGCCCGAUUGGAGCAGAUCUGUUGGCCAUUGGGGUUUUGGGACACCUUGCACUAAGAGUGGCCCUGAAAGCCGGACGAAAUGAAGUUCAAAGGUUGAAGAAAAGCGCUUCAAACUUGACAUGUAGCUCUUAUAAAAGGGAUUUGCCAGUCAAGUUGAGUCUUGGAGGCCACUGUAGAGAAGACUCAGACCAUACCGACUGUUAUCAUGGCAACUCGUACAUGGGCAUCUACAGCCUUUUACCACAUGUAGCACAACACUCACCCGGCUCACGCUUCUUAUUGGCGAUCACCAUGGCGAUGCUUUAUAGGAGGCUGCAAGCUGGACCCCCACCGGACAUUUGGGCAUCUUGCAAGGACGAAGGAGUUGGUGUAAUCUGGCAGCCUGAGAUGAGCAUGCUAGGAGCCACGGCGCUGAGACACAUGAUGCAGCUCAGGUGUAACGCUCAAGCACUCACUGCUGUUAGGGUCAAAGAAGAAAGUGGUACGGCUGUUCAGUCCAGUAGUGAAAUCCGAAUUGCCACAGCAAUUUUUCCUGUUCUCAGCCUGCUUAACCACUCCUGCAGUCCAAACACAAGCAUCUCCUUUACUGCAGGCUUUCAGAAUGACCCGCUCAGUCAAGGUCCAGAGAGCUCUCGCUGUGGGGUGACGGUCACUGUACGCGCUUCAAAACCUCUUACUGCAGGACAGGAGAUUCUACACUGUUAUGGCCCACACUGUAGCAGAAUGGAGGUGAAGGAGCGUCAGUGCCUCCUGCUGGAGCAGUACUUUUUCCAUUGUAACUGCCAAGCCUGUCAGACUGACCUAUCAGAAGGAAGCCGGAAUGCAAAAGAAAACGCAACACCUGGGCUGAAGUGUGUAAAAUGUGGAAAGCCUCUUCAGUCCCGUAUGGAUUGGUACAUGUGCUCUUUGCCAUCCUGUGGUCAUCGGAUCACCAGUGCCGAUGUACAAAACAGACUUCAGGGUUUACAGUGUCUUUUGAAUGAAGCCUUUCAUCUCAUGGAGAGAGACAGACUAGACAAAGCCCUAAAGAUCCUAAAAUCAGCUACUUCUCAGGCAAACAGAAUCCUAACAGAGACUCACCCUCUCCAAGGAGAGAUAGCAGAUGCGUCCGCUCGUGUGUACGCCACGACAGGUGACUGGAUUCUGGCUGCGUCCCAUCUAAAGCGCAGCAUUAUUGCGGUCCGGGCCCAAUUUGGAGAGGACAGCAUUGAGCUUGGACGACAGCUUUUUAAAUUAGCACAGCUACAUUUUAACGCUGGAGACUGUGGUGCGGCUCUCUCUGUGAUUCCCAGGGCCCGUAGGCUCCUCUCUCUCCACUGUGGCCCUCGCUGUGAAGAACUACAGGAACUUCAUGAAAUGGAACGCUGUCUACAAGGACUGCUGUGAAAUAAUAACCUAAACUGAAUGGUGUUUUCAAACAACAUGUGAUGCUUUUGAACCUUUUUUUUGAUAUAUGUGCAGUAGUAUUAAAAAUC